CGAAAAACGAAAACAAUCACCACUCUGUGUUUUUUAGCUGCUCCAAGAGGACGCGAUUCUCUUCUGUCGGCGUUUUUCGGCGGCUUAUCGACAGACAACAGUAUAGUGGAUGAAACAAAUACGGAGUUUUGCAGUGCGGAAAGCUGAAUUAAAAGCAAUUGUUAAUUUGAAAAAAAAUAAAAUAAAACGGCAACGCCGCCGAACUUUAGCCUAAAGUAGAAAAGCAAAAUACAAAAAAAUUCAUAUUUGUUGUUUUUUUGGCCCGCAGACCGUGAAUUAAAAACAACAUCAAGUUUAACUACAGUGGCAGGCGUAACUGUAAAUUCCGCUUUGCUUUUGAUAUCAAAUAAAAAAUCCGCAGCAGAAGUUUUGAUUUAUUCUAAUUAAAAAAGGUUGCGAUAACCAACUUUGACCGAAUCAAAGGUGACUGACGACCGACGGCCAGCAAUGUGCAGACGGUCGCUGGCUGAAAUUGCUGGCAGGACACAGACACAAACCGCAAGGAUCAACCCAAUCAACGAGCAGCAGUUGCAGCUGUGAAUGCAACAGCAACUGACAACUGGCAACCGGCAACCAGCAACAUUGGCUACUUUUUAUAUAUAUCCAAAACGAAAUGCGUUUUUGCAGCUCGGCCAACAAGAACACACAGAUAGCAGUUGAUAGAUGAACUAAUGCAAAUGCCCUCCAAUUGCAACUUUUGAUGCAAACUUAAGGCAGGGGCCCAACAUAUAAACCCAACUUGACUGAUAGUUUAAACUACUUACCAUAAAGAAACCGAACAAAAGAAACACAACACACGGCUGCAACUAAUUUUUAAUUAAUUGUUAAGGACAACAACUCGUUAAUUGCCAAAUAUGUGUUGCCCCAACUGAAGCUGAAACAAAACGUAGUAGCAUCAUAAUUUAGGGGAAAAAAACAUUUAAAAGCAAAACCGUCACGAAAAGCUGAAGAUCAAGAGUUCGCGCCGGGAGAUACUUGCAUAAGCCAUGGGCAACAAAUGCUGCAGCAAGCGACAGGAUCAGGAAUUGGCACUUGCCUAUCCCACGAGCGGCUACAAGAAAUCCGACUACACCUUUGGCCAGACGCACCUCAACAGCAGCGGCGGCGGCAACAUGGGCGGCGUACUCGGCCAGAAGCACAACAACGGGGGUUCGCUGGACUCGCGCUAUACACCCGAUCCAAAUCAUCGGGGUCCUCUGAAAAUCGGCGGAAAGGGCGGCGUUGACAUCAUCAGGCCUCGCACCACACCAACCGGGGUUCCUGGUGUCGUGCUCAAGCGCGUGGUCGUGGCCCUGUACGACUAUAAAUCCCGCGAUGAAUCCGAUCUGAGCUUCAUGAAGGGCGACCGCAUGGAGGUCAUCGACGAUACCGAGUCCGAUUGGUGGCGCGUUGUGAAUCUGACCACCCGCCAGGAGGGCCUCAUCCCGCUCAACUUUGUGGCCGAGGAGCGGAGCGUCAACAGCGAAGACUGGUUCUUUGAGAACGUGCUACGAAAAGAGGCGGACAAGCUGCUGCUGGCCGAGGAAAAUCCGCGUGGCACUUUUCUUGUCCGACCAUCGGAACACAAUCCAAAUGGCUACUCGCUGUCCGUGAAGGAUUGGGAGGAUGGACGUGGAUAUCAUGUAAAGCACUACCGCAUCAAGCCGCUGGAUAAUGGCGGCUACUACAUAGCCACCAAUCAGACGUUCCCCUCGCUACAGGCCUUAGUCAUGGCAUAUAGCAAAAACGCUCUUGGCCUGUGUCACAUACUGUCGCGUCCCUGCCCUAAGCCGCAGCCACAGAUGUGGGACUUGGGACCAGAGCUGCGCGAUAAGUACGAGAUUCCGCGCUCGGAGAUUCAGCUGCUGCGCAAACUGGGACGCGGCAACUUUGGCGAGGUCUUCUACGGCAAGUGGCGCAACAGCAUUGAUGUGGCGGUCAAGACACUUCGCGAGGGCACCAUGUCCACGGCUGCGUUCCUCCAGGAGGCAGCCAUCAUGAAGAAGUUCCGCCACAACCGCCUGGUGGCCCUCUAUGCGGUUUGCUCGCAGGAGGAGCCCAUUUAUAUUGUUCAGGAGUACAUGUCCAAGGGAAGUCUGCUAGACUUCUUACGCGAGGGCGAUGGCCGGUACUUGCACUUUGAGGAUCUCAUCUAUAUAGCCACACAAGUAGCCAGCGGCAUGGAGUAUCUGGAGUCCAAGCAGCUCAUUCAUCGUGAUCUGGCGGCCCGUAAUGUGCUGAUUGGGGAGAAUAAUGUGGCGAAGAUUUGUGAUUUUGGAUUGGCGCGUGUGAUUGCGGAUGAUGAGUACUGUCCCAAGCAGGGAUCACGGUUUCCAGUCAAGUGGACGGCGCCCGAAGCGAUUAUCUACGGGAAGUUCUCGAUCAAGUCGGACGUAUGGUCAUAUGGCAUACUGCUGAUGGAGUUGUUUACGUACGGACAAGUGCCCUAUCCGGGCAUGCAUAGUCGCGAGGUGAUCGAGAAUAUUGAGCGCGGUUUCCGUAUGCCGAAGCCAACGAAUCACUACUUCCCGGACAAUAUUUAUCAGCUGCUGCUCCAGUGCUGGGAUGCUGUGCCCGAGAAGCGGCCGACGUUCGAGUUCUUGAACCACUACUUCGAGUCCUUCUCAGUCACGUCGGAGGUGCCGUAUCGAGAGGUGCAAGACUAAAAAGAGUCCAGCCUAAUCACACACAUCACCUACACUCUCUCACAGGCAUACACACACGUACGAUAUAUAUAUACAUAUAUAUAUAGUAUAUAAAGUUAUACAUAUAUUAUACAUUUAUAUGCAUAUUUACUAUAAUUCUUAAGACUUUUUAAUGGCAUAGUUGCAUACCAACCAACACAACCAUGAACUCUAUAUGUAUGGUAAAUGUAUGUGUUUAAGCGUAUCUAAACAAUUCAGAAACCAACUACAAACAACAAAAAAUCAACAAAACAAACAAAAAAACUAAAAAUCGGAAAAACAAAAUUUUAUAUUUUACACGCAAAACUAUUUUAUAAUUUAUAUACCUAACUGUAUGUACUAUGGAAAUAGAAAGUAUUUAACUA